AUGCUCUGGUUGUUGAGGAAGGGAGGCAUAAUAAUGCUGAAGCUGUGGACUCUCCUUCUUGGCAACGCGCUGAUCAUUUGUCAGAUAUACGUCUCACAGGCAGCUCCAUCCAGAUCAAGCAAAGAGUUGAUGUCAGAUGGAAUCACACUAACAAACGAAGACGCUCAAAGUUUUCUCAGAGCCUUCAAGGAGUUGAUGCAGAUAACUUCAGAUGAGCAAGACCCUCGAGCAGCUGAUGGGAACAGCUUGGACAGAGCCAUGUCUAAGCGCUGCACCGGCCUGAGCACUUGUGUGCUGGGCAAACUCUCCCAGGAUAUUCACAAACUGCAAACAUAUCCCCGCACCAACGUGGGAGCGGGGACACCGGGCAAGAAGAGAAGUCUGUCUGAGCAGUAUGAGAACCCCGGCAGCUCGUUCAACUGAGGCUGUCCCCUGUCUGCUCUCCGUCUGCCUGAGCUUCUUUUUCAUCCAGCUCCUCCCAUCCUCAAGACUGUUGAUGCAUGCGGCUCCUGUUCGUCAGACUUACUUAGAAAACAUCAUUUGCUUUAUUUUUCUGUUGGCUGACAUCAGAUUCUGACAGAGAAUUGAGAUCUAAGAAUUAGAAACCAAAGUGUAAUUGGCAUUUCUGUACAAUACAAUAAAGAAAAU